AUGGCCAGCGAACGACUGCUCGUUCAGAUUGCCUCCUACAACACCAAUCUUCAGGCCGAGCGCGGCCUGCCGCAGGACCUCAUCGACUGGCUUGCCCCUACCUUCCAAGUUUCCAGGUUUCUCGCGCGAGAGCCAAGGACGCCGGACAUUGUGGCGGUCGGAUUCCAGGAGCUUUUGCCUUUGCAUCUCGGAUUAUCUGGGCUCUCUAGCAAGGUCAUAGAAAGCCGCAACGCCCUCAUCCUCUCCCAAAUCGAGAAGUAUGCCCCGAACAAGGAGAAAUACGCCCUGAUCGCCAAGGUCGUGAACGUCGGCGUUGCACUGCUCGUGUACGGUCUCGACGACGGUGUCGCUCGCAAGGUGACUGACGUUCACACGCAUUGGACGGGCUGUGGGCCCGCAUACAUGGGGAACAAGGGUGCCGUCGGCGUGCGUUUCAGCGUGCCCGCAGACGACGGUGGCGUAGGCGAGGUCUUCACCUUCGUCUGCGCGCACCUCACCGCACACCCGCAAAAACUCGAACAGCGCGUGCGCGACUACCACCAUAUCACACGCACACUGCUCUUCCCGCCGCUCCCGGGCGCUGCAUCCAGUAAUCCCACAACAAUGUACGACACCUCGCACUUGUUCUUCUUCGGCGACCUCAACUUCCGGGUUGUCCUCCCGCCGGAGCACCCGCUCGCGCAAAGCCCAAAUACGAGCGCCGAUAUGGCACAUGUACUCGAGCAAGAGAGCGUUCGUGAGGAUUUAAAGGAGUACGAUCAGCUCCUGCUCGAGCGUGACCGCCACGGCCGGGCAUUUAUCAGUCUGCGUGAGGGCGAGUUCUGGCGCUUCAAGUGCAGCUACAAGUAUAAGCUCGGUGAAGUCGACAAAUACGAGCAAGUCCUCAAGCGACACCCGUCCUGGACGGACCGUAUCAUGUACGCGACAUACACCGACAACCCCGACAGCCCCACAAAAUCCCACAUCACAAACGCGCUCUACACUUCGAUACCCUCAUACACCACCUCGGACCAUAAACCCGUCGUCUCAGUGCUGCUCCUUCCACCAAGCCUGCCACAGCCCACGCUUCCCUCACCGCCACCAACACCUCUGGGCUCGAACGCAAGCCCUCAGGACGGCUCGCCCUCUUCCGCACCGACGCCCCCGAUGCUGCGCCUGCCCAUACACUUCCACCCACGCCCAGACACCUACGCCAACCUCAAGCGGUACACCGGCCGGACUCUGGACAGGCUCGUCGGCUACUGCUGGUCGCUCCUUGUCUUCCUCGGUGCAGGUUCGUCCAUCCUCGGCAUUGGAAACUUCAUCGUCGGCCUUGGGGUGUGGAGCUGGUGGCGGACGCGCCCGAGCAUUGGGCUUGCGGUAUAG